GCUACUGUUUAUGAUGCUCGCCGCCCGUUCCCGUUGCUGCGACGAUGUAACGAAACCGAAGGCAUCGCUGCUCUUCGCAACAGUUGCAGCCUUUGCAGAAACUCUGCCCUCCUCGUUUGUGAGCGAGUGCUGUGACGGCGUCGUAAAAAUUGCCCUUCGCUCGAAGAUGGCGCCAGGGAAUGCUUCUUCGUGUCUAUUUAGGCUUCCCACAUUAGCCGACGACGGACUAUUUGAGGUGCAGUGGUAGGGCUGGCUUCCGUCGAUUUUCGGCGCCUGUUGUGCUUUGCGGGUCCUUCGAGUCGUCAAACAUCGGAGCCACCGGAUCCGAAGAAUGGCUCUGGAGAAUUUUCGGACUCCCCCGGGACCCGCAUAAAUGAAAAGGCGGCGUUACUGGCUUUUGUCCAAAACAGACUGCCCCCCCUCCCACCCCUUUGUCGUGAAAAAUGCUUUCCACUCGCAAUGGCUCUGAUACCAAGGGUGCCAUGAAUCAGGAGCUGUCCAUAGCACCCGUGUCUUGCCAUCGCUGCUUCCUGGCCAAGUCUUCCAGGGACCAUGUUGUUGUGGUGCCCUCUGGUGGAGCCAACCAGGAAUACCAUCGAUUGAUCCCUGCCCUUUUUCGGGAUGUGUCUACCAUUUCUACAAAGUCACUGCUCAAGCUUGUUCAAGAGCUGUCCAACUCACUGACGGAGCACAGCCUACUGAUGCGCCUUGUGGGAACGCCCAAGGAUGGCCUCCUUCACCGGAGCCGUAUGUCCGCUCUGCAGUGCCGCUGCUGCCAGAUGGCACACUGCCUGAAGGCACACUUUGUGGACAUCUUCCGCGGAAUGGAGACCUUGUCGCAGCCUGACAUUGUGGAGCUGGGCAAGUCUCUGCGCAUCUACAUGGCUUGCCUGCACUCCAUGGAACAAGAGCUUCUCCAGACUGCCCACCUGUUCCAGCUGUUCCCUUUGCACCCCACCCCAGAUGGUUCGGUGAAAGCUCAGUUCGUGCACACGGGGACCACUGGUGGCAUGGAGCAGAUGUUCAGCGCUGUCUGCGAGUCCCUGAUGUUGUCCACGGCUGACAAGUACCGGCAAGAACGAGAUAGCUGGAAGCAGCUGGCAAAGCUUACUAUGGACAUACGUGCACUCAGUGAUUCGUUGCAUACGGAUGCGGUUUUAGGAUCCAUGGUUGACUACGUCAUCUUUAAUCCAGAUGACAAACUGUCCAAGGCUCACCAACCCAGUGAAAUGGCACAGUCCAGCAACCUGAGGCUGCUUGGGCCUGCCUCUGCCACCAGUUCUGAAGAGAACCUGGUGGCCAAGAAGAAGCGUCCCUGCCAGCUAGCCUGCCUUGUCGCGUUCAUCUUGCUCAUCGUCUGCGUCGCUGUGGCUGCCAUCGUCUUCUUUCUCGUCUUCUCGUAGCCUUGACUGUGGCGUCGCAGCUCUUGCUGGCACCUGCCCACUGAGCCCAUCCUCGUCCUCCUUCAAACUCUCUUCAACUGCACCUUCAGAAACAUUGUUCCAUUUUCCUCACAUUGCUCACUUAAGCUGUUCCGUCAAAGCGUACUUCCCUGUGUGGGCAUUGUGUGCAGGCCUCCUUCCCGAGGCACCUUUGUAGAUACUAGACGUGCGCACGUGCGUGUGGCAUUGCUGCAGAAGCGCAACGAGAGAUCAUUGUGGAGAAUGGUGAACGGAGGCACUUGUGUGUCUCUGUGCUUACUUCUCAUCAUCACUGAGCCUUCUUUCUUCUUCUGUUUGUACAAAGGACAUCUGCUCAACAGAAACUCGGUCGGUAAGAGGAAAGUCUUGUCCACAUUAAAGCUGACCCUAAAUACAGCUUGACUGAUGUGACAUGGAAAUGAUAGAAAAAAAGUGGCUUCUACCUUUUUCUCUUCUGCCUCCGUGUUAGUUGGUGUAUUGUAUAUGCAUAUAUAUAAAGGAAGCCAGCUUUUCUUUUAUUUCACUUCAUUACAACGGUACCUAUGCUCAGGCAAUUCUCAGGAGUGCUAGUUCAUUUCUAUAUAAGCUUCUGUAUUGUUUGCUUUGUUCCCAGUAUUUACAAUGCAAUAGUUUGCUGGAGAAAAGAAGUUCGAGGCCUGUAUACAGAAAGAAAAAGCAUGCAUUUUCAGGACACACAGGAGAGGUUUAGUAUCCAUACAUUUUGUGCCAGAUUGCAUAAGUUGUAUGCUUAAAUAUCAGAGCAGCGUUUAUUUUUAUACAUAUUUUUUUUCUUUAGAGGUGUCUUAUUGACAUGGAGACCUGUGACCUGAUUUUUUGUUGAGCAGGGGUACACUAUGUGUUACCUUAAUUCACUACUACUGCUUAACAAAUUAUUUAAAAAGAAACAUAAAGGAAUGUAGAUGACAGAGAGAGAUAACACUAACUUACAAUAUUUUCUUAGCUUGCCCUCUUUCUCAGAGCUUUCACGCACUAUGACCUCCUGUUUGUGCCAUAUACUAUGUGCUCUGCAGGUAUCAAUUCGCUGUUCUUUCAAUAUGGAUGGCCCUUUGACCUUCAGGGGGAUGAAGACACCACGCUAGUGAUAGCGUAAGGCUGGAGGUUACGAAAUAUGUCUAUACUGCUCCAUGAGGAUAUAUGCUUUGGAAGGGGCACAGUGAAAGUGCAUAAGCUUGAGCAGGGAGGUUAAAUUUCACGUACAUAUUUAUAUAAUGUAGUCACCUUUACUGAUGUAUACCCACAUCGGUCUGUUUUAAACGUGUUUAAGAGUCGCGUUUCUUCGCUACCAUGCUCAUUCUUGGUAAUGGUUCAGGUAUAACAUUUGCUGCGGUGCUCGCAGAGCGCACUUCUGCUAGCUUAGGGCUAUUGUUAGCCUUUGUAGCUGCACGAUGUUCCUCAGAGCGAUCAGCCUCAGUUAUCACUACCUUCUAAACUUGUGGUAUUAGCCCCGAGAAGUUGGAGUGGCGCCGCCUGGCGGGAGGCUUGGAUGACGUCACGGCAAGGACUCUUCGACGCCCGCCGAGACGCGCCGGGAUAUCACGCGCUUGCUUCGUGCGCUGUGCCGCUGUUUACGUUCGCUUUUUGCCUGUCUCAAGAACAGCAUCGAUAAUGUUCCUAGUAAAACGGCAAAAAGUUAUAUGCAUUUUUUCUUCACAGUCCCCAACGGUGCCCGCGCGCCGUCGUGCACACUUUGAAAGCGGUGACCAGGUUUGUUGUUGUGCCGCGCUGCUAACUUCGGGGAUGGGUCUAAUUCCCAACCACAGCAGCCGCAUUCUGACGGGUGUGAAAAGCAACAUUCAUAUACUUAGAUACAGGAACACGUUAAAGAAUUCGAGGCGGUCAAAAUUAAUCUGCAGCGUGUCCCACAAUCAUAUCGUGGUCUUGACAUGCAAGACACCUUAUUCACAUUAUUAGGUUGCGUUGUUCACGGGUGAUUCCUUUAAAAAAUAUGAUGGCUUCGCCUCCACAAGUGUUAUUUGCAUCGGACGCAUCCGCGAUUGGCGGACAGCGUUCUUGCCGGUGUGCCAAGCCCCGCGCACGAUUAGGAAAGCGCAUGCAGUAUUGAGCUUCGCAAAAUAUCUCGAAAGCGCUCGCCCGAGAAUACUGCCGCAGUUGUGUUUGUUUUUCUUCUGUACUCGCUCACUCGUGAUGUUGUUUAGUUUCACGUCUUUCUCGCAAUAAUUUCAGAGCUUCAGAGCUUCGCAAAAUGUCUCGAAAGCGCUCGCCCGAGAACACUGCCGCAGUUUUGUUUGUUUUUCUUCUGUACUCGCUCACUCAUCAUGUUGUUUAGUUUCACGUCUUUCUCGCAAUAAUUUCGGGGCUUCAUUUCACAACAUAAAAAAGUUGAGGUUAAUUGCGGAAACUCCUUAUUGCUGUCAGAUUGUGUAUUCAUGCAGCAUCGUAGCAACGGCGCUGUUACACUUGUAUAAGUACUAUAGUUUAGAUAUCCAGCUCAGGAAUUAUUAUUUUUUUUGCAUUUGAUAUACUCCUGAGCAUCAUGAACCUUUAUGUGGACAUGACGUGCGAGACCAUUAAUUGACUCAUUAAUGUGAAGGACGUUCAAUUAAUACGUGGGCCACAUUACUGAGAGUGCCAUCGAAACAGUUCAAAACGCUCAUUUCGACUUUCAGGUGUUUGUUUUGCAGACGAUUGUUAUCAACAGUGCUCCCACGAGAAUUUGACAUUACCGCUCAUGACCCGGCGGUUGAUCGGACGAACAGUUCAUGCAAAUCAGGGUACACGGCCACAUAAUCCCAGACGAGUGUUGAGAAGAAAUGCUUACAUAAUCCAAGUAUACUAACACCUCAGAAUUUCCGAAACCAUUGUGUGCAUGGCAGUAUUAUUUUGUUUAAUUUCCCGGAUGUAUUAAGUGAUUAUUUACGAUAGACAGAUUCAUCUAAAGUCUUCUGUAGCAGAAAGUGCAAUUCUGUCAAAUCAUCUAGAUAAUCUGCAAAGGCAUACAUAACUUGUACGAUAAGCCGCAAUGUAGUUAGUGAAUUGAAAACGUCCUAAUUUAAUUUGUAAUCUUCGGGACGUGUGUUCUAACCGUGGAGUCUACGCCAAGUUGUAAUGAAGUUAGAACCAUUAGCGUAAAUUUUUUUAGCACCGAUGUCUUGGAGCACGCGGUGAAAACAACGAAUGUCUUGCUCUCGUGCAUCACCAUUUUCACGGUGAAGCUUCCGUUCGGACGGAAAUUCGCCCAUUAUAAGCUAUAUUAUCCAGACUUCCUACAGCUUACUAAACUUUCGCUAGUAGUGUAAACUCCUACCUUCUCCCUUGGGAGAUUUGCAUUGCAAGAAUGAGCAGUAAUCACCACCGUAUCGCGAAAGAGCGGGUACGUGGCGGGCGCGGCGGGUGCAGAAAAAGGCAAUCCUCGGCCGUGGCGCAAGCGAGCCCUUGCCGUGACGUCAGAUCGCCGCGACUGCCGCGCCGCCAGUGUUCGUUCUCGGGGCUAAUAGUCUAUGAUCUCAUGUUGAACGGACACAUCAAGCUGGCAGCUCCAAAGCAUAGACGAUAGGCUUACCUCUUUCUAGCAGAUGUACUUUGUAUGGUCACUGUAGGCACAUAGGGGCAGGGGCAGUGCUUUGCCUUUGUAGUGCCUGGUUAAUACUUCAAGGAGGAGCUGCUGCUUCUUAAAAUGUCUCAAUUUCCGUAAAAUAAAAGGACAUCAGCUCAUAACUCCCACAUCUUUGGACAUUAAGUAUGGCUGGGAAUAAUGCUUGCUUGCAGUAAAAAAGGUUAGGAAGCUGGUGGUUGGCAGCAUACCACUUUUAUGGCCUGAUUGCGGGCUGUUAUGGUGAGUUUAUUUAAACAAGUCAAAAGCCAGUUGUUUAAUUGGUGUUGUCUGGAUAUACCAGGCCCUUGUUUCAGCUGAUGAGGACCAUGAAGACACGUUCGCAAGCUUUCUUGUUGCGUGUUUCUUGGUACUCGUACUCUGCAUGCUUAUGAUGAGACUAAUGUGAUAGCUGUGGAGAUAGCUCACUUUGAAUGCACACUUAAUUUUAAUAGCGAUGUUGUAAGGCAAUAUAAUUUUUUAAAUAGUUGUGAUAAAAAUAGGGCUACUUGUAGAAUCCAAUGUGAACAAAAAGUUAUAAUGGUUAAUCUCUUUUUCUUUUUUUGCACAUAGAUGCUUCUUGUCAGCAUAAUGUUACAAUAAACAAGCAAACAUUUCAUGCGCUGUGGAAUCAUUACCCUUCUUAGGUGAGAUGAGAAAAUUUAUUGUAAUGUAUGACACACACAUUUUUCUUUGUUAUGAGUGUUUGUAUUUAAGGGCCACGCUGCUCAUUGAAGUAGGAAGUAACAUUGAAAACUUCAUUAGCAUUUCAUUUGAAUGCUGUGUACGAAAAGGUAUGGAGUCCAGUGCUGGAUCAUACACCCCAAGCUAAUGAACCUGCCUAUGUUCGGUUCCUUGUGAUAUACAUGAUACUAUGUGUUGCUACAAAGUAUUUUUCUUCCAUGGCCGCGCACGCAAUGUUGGUGGCCUUGUUGGCUAGUGUAGUUUUAGAGGAGUGGGCAGCUGUCGUUCAUGUUGCUCACUGAGGCACCCAUUGUGUCGCAAGGCUUGUCCUACUUCUGCUGUUUUGCAUUGUUAUCUUGGCAAUCUGUUUAUGUGGAGUCGGUUCUGUUGUUGAAGCGCCAAAGUCUGUGUACCUGCUGUUUCGAGAACAGUGUCCUCCAUGAUUUUAGUGCUCUCUUCCAUCAAGAUUGUUUGUCUUUUGUGGAAGUGUGAGCUGGAGUGAGAUCAGCCGCUUCUUAUUAGCACACGACACUGUCUCGAGGACUUUGUGUCAUCGGUUUCCUCUCCUAGCGUCAGUCUUGCUUUACUGGUAUUUCUCCUCAGACACUUUCCUGUGUCGUCAAGAAAGGCUUGUACAUAAAGAGCUGUAUAGCAGUUGUAGGCAUUAUUAUAGUGUGCAUAUAGCAUACAGUCUUCCUUCAUAAAAUAGAACCUGUACAAUAGUACAUACAAAUAUUAUACAUAUAUAUUAUGUAUAUUGGUAUGUAUAUACAUGGUGUUUUCUUUUUUUUCUUUUUGCAAUUCACCUACCACUGAAGUUGAGUGACAGCUGCACAAAUGUAUCGUUAGCGGCAAUAUACUAUUCCUGGGCAUGUCAGAACAUGAAGGAAGUGGGCGUGACUGUUUCACUAGAUCACUUCAUUUUCAAUCAUCACUCAUGCAUUCUGGCCAUCACUUGAUGCUGCCGUCAUUAAAAAAACUGUACCUAACAGAUAACGCUGCUUUUCAGUAUGUACUACGUCCUAGAUGUAAUAUGUACGCUUCAUAGAAUAUUAGAGUGGCCUGAAGGAAGGUGAAUGUUUGUGGAGGCGCUAAAACAAAAAGACAAGUGCCAGUAUGGUGACUUUUUUUUUGUGCAUUCCUCAGGUUAUUCAUCAUUCUUGCAUCAUUUCAAUGUUAAUAUUCAUUUUACCAACGUUUCUUCUUGGAGCCACAGCAGUGCAGGAAAACUUUCACGCUUCAAUGUGUGAAAAUAGUUAAAAUGCGACUGGGGCCCAUAUUGCAUUAUAAAUGGUAUUGACUGCAGAUAGUGACUUCACUUUUUUUUAUGUUUAGUAAGGCUUCGCAUGCCUUGUCAUUUUUUAACAAAGUCCCGUGGCAGUAAAAGUGCAACAAAUGUGAGAGUUGUUCGCCAGUUUUCGUUUGCACACCCAAAGCUAACUGAAAGUUCUAUAAAAAGGUACAUGUGUGCAAACGUUAGAACACCAAAAAUUUAUGUAAUAAAUAAUGAAGUCCUUUAUGAUGAAGCAGCAGCAUUGCAUUCAAAUGCUAGGAAAGUUUGUCAUAGCGGCCAGUUGAUUUUUUGGGCAUGCAUGUGAUUAUAGAGUUCCAACUAGUGCGGCAGUGCUAUAAAGUUAACUUAAUUACAGUAAAGAAAAGUAAUUCAUUGCCUUUUACAAUGCCGGAAGCAUGGAAAGCUUAUCAACUAGAGUUUUGCUCAAUCUUGCGCUUUAGUGCAAUAAUAUCAUCUACUUUACAUUUCGAGAUAGCUGCGCAUUUUCUGUUAGCCCAAUGCCAUCUGCUCGAUGUUUGUUGCACUGUUACUGCUAGUGUGAAUGUUGGCAUUCUACUGAUUAUGCCGUGUUGCAUGAACUCGAUUUGCAUCUUUUUGCUGCACGCAAACUUCCUUCAUUGAGGUCUGUAAGCAACCAGCAAACUUUUUGAAAGCAUAGGCAUGCCAUGGAAAUUGCUGAAUGAUUGAGUGCGUACUUAUGUCAGAGAUCCCACCUCUGAGAUGAUCACCGAUAGCACAAUAAGCCUACAAUAACUGGCGUGAUUUCCGGUGACGCGUACUGUAGCACUAAAAGUGUGCUGUAGUGAUAGCUGUUGUGAGCUGGCAAGCCUGCCCUCAUAAAACUUUAUGCAGGCUUACCAGGCUUGGAUGUUACCUAUGAAAACAGCCGCACAAAAUGCAUUUGAUGUUGCCAAUCAAGCUCAAAAGCUUACUUGUGGAGUGAGCCACUUUCAUGCUUCUACCUAUGACCACACCAUUCCUACCAUCCGACUAUAGUGGGAACCUUGCUGCCUGACAGCAAUUUUUAUCAGUUGUGACAUGAGGCAUUACUUGAUCAAAAUUUGUCUCAUCGUAUGAUAAUAAGCUGUGCUUAAAUAAGUGUAUGCAUAUGUAUCAGAUUAGAGUAUUCGUGUCACUGAGGCUCUAAUUGUAAGAGAUGUUGAGUAGUAUUUCAAUGCAUACUUUUUCUUACCUCUUAGUGCAAGAAUUUCUCAUUUCUGUUUUUGCUUCUGAUGAAAGUAUCGAGUGGAUAGGCUCGUCAUGGCAACAUGCACCACAGGGAUUGUUAUGAUCAUUUUAACUUGAAAGCCUCCAUUGUUGAAAACCUCCUUUAAAAAAGUUUCCCGCAAUACACAAUAGAAAUUGAAAUUGAGCAUCAACAUUAUACUUGUGCUGCUGCCGUUUGCUUUUUGUGGCAGCUCCAAUGAACAACCAAGGGCUUUAGAUGCAUGAAGAGACCUCAGGUAUGACACAGGCAUCUGGGGCGGUAUUCCGAGAUCACAUUCAGCGACGGUGUCACAUUGCAUGGCAUAGAGUCUGACGUGUUCAAUGACGGAAUCAACUACUUGCCCAUAAUGUUGUCAUUGCACUGGCCGUUGGCGUUGUCGAACUUCUCGCAACACAAGAGUGAGCACACUGUACGAGUGCAGAACGGCUUGAGUUUGGCAUUUUCGAGUGAAUACUCGCUUUUAUGCCAUGGCUAAGCUUGGCUCUGGCUGCUCAAGGUAUAAAAAGUGUUAAAAAUGCUUUUAACGUCCUUUUGUGUUGUUGUGUAAAGUGCAGUAUAAUUUUUGAAGAACGCACGCUUGCGCUAAAUGUAUCUUCAUUUAGAGUUUAGAACGGCAUAUUCACAGAAGUCAGCCAAAAUGCUUUGCACAUCUGCCAUGGAAGAAUACUAGAAAUUGUCAUCUAUGUCACUGAAAUGCUAGCCUUAACCACCAACCAAUGUUGAUAAGGUGAGCUCGUUUACUCCAGGCAUGUCAAGAGCACUGCAGAGCACCGCGACAUAAAAUUGGCGUCGCUGGAACUACUAGAUGGCACCGUCAGUUUUUCUGUUUUUGUCACCAGCCACUCAGUGCGCAUCUAAAGGGACUGUUUAGCGAUGUCUCCAAAAGCGAUCAUCUCAGAAUACAGUCACCUGAUGUGUUACUCUGAAAUUUGCCAUUACAUCUGCAUGAGCAUAACAUGACAGCUACUAUAAUGUGGGAGCUGACUUUUUGGUGUUUCAGAAAUAAUUGAAUGACUUGAUGCAGCAUGUGACAGCCACCAUCAAGGCUUAAAAAUAAUAUUGAUAAAAGUUUGCUUACUUCAUAUAUACCACAAGUAUAGCAAGUUAACGUCACCUGGCUGACCAUGCUAUGCUGCAUUUUGCGAAACUUUGUGGUUGAUUACAUUGAAAAGUCUGUUUAUGUAGGUGUAUUCUUGGGCUGGCUUUUUUAAUCAGAGCUUCAUAUGCCUGGUCAUUGGACUUGGUGCAUUGAAAAAACAAUAAGAAGUGUUACCUUGUUGUAUUUUAGCAUAAUUUGUAAUGUAGUGUCUUAGCAUAAUUAGCAUAAUUUGAAAUGUAGUGUUUUAUGUUUGAAAUUGCCAGGUAAGAAAAGGACCAGAAGAGGGACAUCGACGAAAUAGUGGUAACUCAUAAGUAAAAAGCUGCAGUGCUAAAUGGCUGGGGACAGAGGAAAAGAGAAGCACGACAAGCGCUUGCAUUUUUUCCUCUGUCCUCGUCCUUCUAGCACUUGUCAAUUGUGAAAAGGUAAAGCAUUUUAAUUAUUUACAGUUUAUGCAAAUACAGUUUGUAGGGAGUAUUUAUGUAAUGUCAUGUGUACAAUAUUAUUGUCCUAUUCGCAGCUUCCAGUGGGCUGCUUCAGAUGACAUGGGGUUUUUAAUAGUUCUGACUGUUCAACAAUAUGGUGUCCUCCAUUGUGUCAUGCAUGCCUCCUAUAUUGUUAUGAUAUAGUCUCUGCCUUGCAACAUUGGGCUGCAUCUAAGGCUUUAGACAGUCAUAUUUAUCCUUGUCAUUUGAAUUAAGUCGCUGUGGUUACCCAGAAGUCACUUCCCCAACCUUUGCUUCAGGCACUGAAUGCUCCAUUGUGAAAUUUUAUCAACAGUAAUGCUUCAAAAUCUCAAGAAAGAUGUCUUGUGUACAGAGACAGUCGUGUACCCUAUCCAGCAUCUGGCAUGCCCAUCAACUGGUCAGGAAAGGUAGGUUACAUGUUACGGUUAGUCAACCCUCUCCUUUCGUAACAGAUCUGUGUGAGUAAAAACAAAACACCCUGUAUAUAUAUAUAUACAUGCAUAAGACACUACUUUAAAUACAGCACUUUACUUAAAGCGCUCGCUCAGUGGAACUACUGUUCAAAGUAUCUAAACAAUGUCUUGUUUUAGGCAUAAGCUCCAGUGGGCACCGAUUCCGUUGUCUUUCCUUUUGUUUUUCUGGUGCCUUUUGGCUGCUAGUGGUUUGAUCGCAUUGCGAGAGUCUGUGAUAUAAUUUUGAAUGUGGCAGCUAGUCCCGAGUGCUCACAGCCAGCUCCUUGAAACGGUAGUGUUUCAGAAUUUUCCUCUGUCACUGUGUUUUUUUCUGCUACUGCAUUUUCUCGAUUUGACUCUGCCAUCCAACACGCAACUCAUUGUUGAAAAAAGUGAAUUCUUGCACACACAGCAUGUUCACCUGCCAUCAAGGCAUCUUGAGUUUCUUUUGGUCACGUUGCCUCAAGUGUCCCCAGGAAGACUUUGUAUUGUCAGUCUUUUUUCAGCGUUCCAUUGGCUAGUAACAUCACUCAUACCACAUUGUGUGUGAACAGUGUUUUCAUCUUUAAUACAUAGCUAAAACCGUUUCUUUAUUUUUCACUCUUUAAAGUUAAGUAUUGUGAGGCACUUGGAAUAUUUGUACCACUCAAACAUUCACCAAGCUAUAUUCAUUUGAGGCUGAGCAAAAGAGUGCCAUCACAUUUUUCACUAUGUAUGCGUGGUAAUGCGUACAGUGAUACUGCACCUAGCAUUCUCACUUAUGUUGUAUGUUCUCAUGUCUUGUUGACUUGCGAGCCUUGUUGCGGUUAGACCACUGCUGAAUACCCCUCAUACAUUCCACAGAAUGUGUUGGAUUGCACACGUUUUGUAUGCACAGUUCAUGACAGGUUUUUUUUUUUUUUCACCUUUGACAACACUAUUUAAGCAUGCACACGUUUAAGCGAGAUUAACUCAGUUCUUGGUUGUGCAAUGAAACAUUCAGUUUGCAUGUGCCUAGACGAGCGACGACACAAUUCCACAUUCCAUUUGUCAGUUUCCUUAUUAAAGCUUCUUGGCAUGUUUCAUCAUGUUGCACUGAGCUUUUAAGGAAUGCAUGCUCGGUGUGACGAUGUGGAAAAUGCAAUAGCAAGUUGCCUAGAUGGCUGCGCUGCUUUCGCAGUUAGACAGCAUUGCGUGUGCAUGCGUGCUUCCGUAUGUGUGUGAACGUGCUUUUGUCCCAAUAGCAUGCCAUACGUGAGUACUAGUGUUUUUUUCAGGAGAGGCUUGGAAGAUGCUGCCUAUGUGAAAGCUAUGUUAACUGCCUGUGUUUCGUCAUACAUGCAUUCUUUCUUGUUACCUCCGAGUGAGGAUGUACUUGUAACACCAUUAACACAGUGUUGUCCACUCUAUGUGUGAAGAAAUGUAUGUGCCUUACUUACGAAUGAAUUCAUUCACUCUCUGUGCAACUCUGGGGUAAGCUGUUUUUGAGUCAUGAUUGAAGCAUUGACCCAAGUGCUUCUUAUUGUGUAGCUUGCACAUGUAACUCUACACUGCUAGCCCUUCUGUCUUAUUAACACUGCUACUCCCUGCAGCAAUCUCUAGUGUCGCCACGCUGUAGAACGGCUGUGCAUGUGCACUGCAGUUCCACAUGUAAUGCAUUUGAACCACUCUGUAGGUAGGUAGUGUUGGCUUUAUAUAGCAGCCAGAGUACAGACACAGCAUUUAAAGAAAAAAGAAAGAAGCCUCUGUUUUGUGGGUUGUUUGUUUCUUCACAUUGUUCUGGUGUUACGAAUUUUUCUUGGAAAGUGUGGCAGACCUGGUUGAAAUUUUUCAAAGCUUAUGCCGAGGAACACUUGCACGCUGUUGUGGAACUCGGCUGCACAUUAUGUGGCCAGGCUUCAGCACAAUGCAUUUGGUUGCUGUUAAGAAAGAACGCUGAUCACUGUAAUCUGUGAGGCAGAAAGUAACUGUUUGACUUCUUGCUGAGGCAUUGUCUUUCCGAUAAGGUAGCAGUCCUUUGUUACAUGCUCAGUGCUGUUUACCCGUAUUGCUCAUUGGGACACGUUCAUGCUUAUGAACAAUCCUGGAUGCGAUAAUUCACCAGGGGCAUGUGUUGCCCAUCUAUAGAAAUGGUAGUGUCUUCUAAGAAUCAUGCUUUUUUAUUAUUACCUUGUUACACAAGCUGCUUUGUUGUACGUCAUCAAAAACUUGGAAAAACGAACAAAAACAGUGUUAAUACAAUUGAGUAUAGCAAUAUGAUUAUUGCGUAUAAUAAAUGUAUGAGGUCUUGGUUGGGCAGACGUUUAUUUGGCCCGAAGACCCGGCAGCGAACAGGCACGGUGAACCCACAAUGAUGAUGAUGAUAAUGUAAAGAUGAAGAAGAUGUGUAUCAUAAAUGCCCACAAUAUGAACAAUUUUGGGAAAUUGGAUAUUUGUUAACAGCGGCAUGGUUAAGAUAUAUUUCUUAGUUUAAUUUUGCGAUAUUGCUGGAAUGUACUACUAAAGCACUCUGGGAUCCCCAAGUGAACUGGUCUUUGAAUUUAUUAAUCAUGCUUUCUCCCUGGCUAUGGAAUCAACUUUGCUACUUUUGUCAUGUCCACUUUUGAGGAAAUGGGCUUGCGUCAAUAAAGUGAGGAGGAUGCCUUCCUAGAUCUGGUUGAUAAUUCCGAGAAAAAUGGAAUGGAUGCUUGUUUGGUCGCGCAGCUGCAAUACGGAUGAAGUCAUUGAUAGUUUGAGAAAUGGAAAUUGCAACCGUCAGGCAUCACCUAAUAUUUUUUACCGUCUGCCUAGCGCCUUAUUUCAAGAGAAAAAAAAAGUGGCAGAAUUGUUACUUUUGAAGCAUCUCAACCCUCAGUGUUAAGUGAUUAAAAGUCGUGUUGUAUUCUCGUUUGCUUAGUCUCUUGAUUAGCAAUGUCUGGGUAAGAACAAAAAGUGAAAUAUUCUCAGGCUUAAUUUAAUGACACAGUAGUCAUUAAUAGCCAGCAGUCAACCUGGGAGCUCAACAUAUUGUUCCCAGUCAGUUAUGUUCUUCAGCACUUGCCAUGGCAUUUUGUUAUAUCAAAAACAUGUGUUAAACUUUUUCUGAAAUCACUUUGAAAACGAGGGAUUAAUUGAUUUCUUAUUAAAUGUUAUUCAGUCAUGGACACUUGCUCAGCACUUUUAUGGCAUAUGCGUAAGGCUGUAUAAGACUGGCGUGAUGAGCUGGCGUGAUGAACUGUUGCUAUGUGGGAAUGCUUACUUGUUACAAAGAAAAAUGGACAGCGGUACACAGCCACAGCAUAGAGCCUUUUGAGGCAGGCACACGUAUGUUAGGGUUAGCACAUGGCUGUAAAGAUGAGUGUAGCAACCGGGGAACACAGAAGAUUUGUAUGGCCUGAAACACCUGUUACUUGUGUGGACACCACUAAUUCGUCAUUACUGCAUGUGCAUCAUGACCCUAAGUGUCACUGGCUAAUCCAGCACUUGGUCUUUGCCAUGUGCUUGUCAUGAUGUUGAGUGUUUCAGGCUUCAAUGAGAUGAGGUUUCACAUUAGGACUAGUGGUCAGAGUAUCUGAGGCUUCUGAUGUUGGCAUGAUUGUUGUACAUAGUUUAAGAAUAUCCUUCAAAAACAAGCCCCAUACCAACUUCUGAUAGAGUGUACUCAAAUCUCUUUUGUUCGUCUGUUGGGUGUUGGCCUGUGUUUUUUAAUUGUUUUAAUUAUUAAUUAUUUAACUACUUUUAAUUAAUUUUUAUUAGUUUAACAUUUGUGUCUUCACAGGCUUUUCAUGAACUGUCAUAAAUACUGCUAUACUAAUGCAAAAGUGGUGUUGUGCUUUUAUAAUUUGACUUUAGUGAACUUACCUCAUGCCAUGCAAUAUCAAGUAAGUUAUUAAAAUUUCGUUAAAACAUAAUGAGCCUGCACAUUUUGUGUCUCUGUGCAUGGUAUCUCUAUUCUUGAACAUUAUUUUGUCUUUUUAGCAAGGCUAAUUAACUGUGCAGGCUUUUGCUAAAAUAACUUAUAUGGGUAACUUAUAGUUGCAUCAUAUAAGCUUCACUAGUUUCUGUGUAUUUUGGGUUAUGUGAGUUGUAAAAAAAAGCAAAGAGCCAUUCUUUGCUAUAAAAUAUAAUAGUUGUAUUACUUGAUAGUUAACCUGUAAGAUAUGAGAAACACUUGUUAUCAACACAUCACCUUGUUUGUAACCUCAUCAUUUGGCAAAUAUAUUUAUACAGAGCCAUUUCUUACAUGUGGUUCCUGGGUGCAGUUUGAGUGUGCCAUCUCAUUAUUUAUGUCUCAGGAAAAAGAAAGUCAGGAACAUGCUGAUGUGUUUUCACUGCAUACAUGAUUCAGAGUGCUGGAAAGAUGAAGUUUGCUCCACCAAUACAGAUAACAUGUGGUCACUUGUGAUAUUCAUAAGCGCUAUGUUAUAUAACUGCAUAUUAAGAACAGAAGCUUGAAAAUUAAAUGAAAGUGUGGCAGUGUCAUUUUAUAGAACGGCUCAAUUUCAAAUAGUGGUUUAUUUGAAGCUUUGACUCCAGAAUACUGCAGGUAUCUUUUCAAAACACUUCCGCUUUAUGAGAUGUCUUUGUAACCUUGUUGACAUUGUUACCAAGCUGAUCAGUUGUAACUUUUCAAGCCCUUGUUAUGUACAUGCCCCUCAUAUUUUCAGAUAGCAGCAUUUACUUCUCUUCUUGCAACUGGUCAUGUGUGACAGCUAAUGCAGGAAUCUGUGAGACACUCCUUUCAUUUUCGCUUGCUUCGAGCAAGCUCUGCCUGCCUUGGGGAAAAAAAUGUUAUUGAGAAAUUGUUGGUGUCAAGAAUGUUCUGGUAAUGAAAUAGCUUCAUGGUUUCCCAUUGUAAAUGUUUCUUGUUGGAUGUUUGUCUAAAACCAAUUGAUUAUGUUAUCCUUCGGCAGUGAAAUAAACCUGAGGUGGCACCAGAAUAUUUCAUCGGAGAUGGGGAAGGGGGAGGACACUUUAUCACUUGGCACUGCAUAUGAUAGGGGCAAUGGCAGGGGCUGGCCUCCCCUCCUCCCUUUAGGGCUGCCCCUGAAGUCAGCUGCUGAAUUGCUAGAUAAUUAAUGUUGUUCACAUCUUAUGAAAGGAGCUGCACUUGAAAGCAAUAUUACAUGUUAGGCUUUUGUUGUCGCGAGCAAGAGUACAGCUCGGCAGGUUACUGCUCUGUGCAAUUAAGGACUGCUGCUCUUGAUGUAUCUCUAGACUUUGCACCAUGUGCAUGUUUUCAUUGCAUCACUGUUACAUGUAUGUGGAGAACGAGGCAUGCUGAGCUCCUUUGCGAACAGAAGCCCACGUUGUUCGUGCAUUUCUUAACACUGCACUGCCAGUGUUCUCAGUUGAUGCUACGUCCUCUGUCUUGUCCACUGUUUGAAAGCUUUUAACGUGCCUUUUAAUCCGUUUUAACAGUGCUGUCUAAGGGAAUAGCAUUGCUAGAUUAUUACUUUCUUGACUUUUGUUACACUGAAACCACUUACGCAAAAGUUUAAGCAUUAGCUUUAUGGUGAGGCCAAGUGUAAUUUUUGCACGGGUAAAUUUAUCUGGGUUGUACAACUCAACGGUAGAAUCAGUGCUGUUGUUCAUGGGCAAUGCGGUAGGUGUGGGCUACUUAAUACUCACGGUACUAACUUCGUUCUUUACUUGAUGCGUUUAGUACCCAUUAUAAUUUACUUCUUCCCAUAGAAGGCAGCACAUGUGUGUGAAUUUAUGCCCAAAACGUUAAUGGCCAGGUGAUUCAUGUGUGGCCAUUGUCCUAUCAUGGCCAGGAUGUCAGGCUAUGUACAGUGGAUACUGCUCUGUAGCAUGAAUCUUCUUUUUUAUUCAAUAGCCUAUGUCGUCUUGAACUGUCAGUGUCUUUAGUACAAGUGAGGCUUAAAUAUGACACAUGUGGAAGAAAAGGAAAAUGAUGAUUGUUUGUCAAGAUGCAAUUUGUUUCUCACGUGAGUUUGUUACUGGGAUGUGCUUCGCAGAAAGAUGUCUUGGUAUCUGAUGAAGUGCCACGAGUCGCAAACAUGAACAUACUGCAUCUUGCAUUACUUUCUCGAGCAGUACAGCACAGUCAUUGAGCUGAUGUCGAUGUUUUUAGGACCGUAGCAGUACAGGGUUCAAUUGAUAUCAGCGGAUUAACAAAACAGUGAACUGGGGAGAUUAAUUUAAUUGGCUUCAAGCAUCUUAAACUUUCCUGCUAUGUUAUCUCAGGAUGAUCAGGUUAAAACCUCUCUUUGAUAUGCAGUGAUAUACAGAUAUCUGUUGCUGCUUUCAGGUUCUCCACCAUGAUCUAUUGCUUUUCUUUAAACAUAUAUGAACUUAAGUGGCUGCCACCUCAUGUUCAAUUGUGAAGCAUCUCUAAUUUAAUAUAGUUUUAUUUCUGUCAUGCUUGUUAUAAACCAAUCCAAAAGAGUGCUGCAAUUGACAUAUAAUUGACAUUAUAUAUAUAUAUAUAUAUCAAUUUAUUUGCACGAAUACAGUGCAACAGUUUCUGUUUCAGGAUCACCACCUUGCUUUAAAUUUAGAACCAUGUGCUAAAUACAGUGCACAACUUUUACAUUCUCAGCUGCAAGGCGACCAAGCUGUGUAGGAAAGCCAGGUUUGGGGUGGCUGAAAGCGUGUAUUAUUGAAUGCUAGCGUGUUCAGCAAAACGAUAGUUAAUGGUGAAUAUGUCGCGAAGAUGUUCACUGCAGCAUGAAUUCAUAUGCUGAAACGUUAGUUACAAUGUCCUGAUCACAUUACAGUACGUGAGGUUAAAGCUGUACUCAAAUGCUUCAUCUUCCACCUUUGAGCAUGCUAGCGCAGCAGCAACUUUCAUGUCUUAGGUAACACGCACAAAGCUGCUGAUGACGACUGUGGUAGUGAUAGCAAUGUGUGAUGUGUGACAUAUUAACCAUGAUGUGCAUCCGCACUGACACCAGCGCAUUUGGAGGCAGGCGCGCUUAUAGAUAAUGGAUUGCUAAUCGUGCUGAGGCCCUGUGUGUCAAAGCGACGGACACAGCUGCAUUAUGCAUCAUUAAUUCAUAUUGUUGUAAUGUUUUCUGGGUACAGUCUUACCGUAUAUUCGUAUGCAAUUGCUUAGUAUUUGUGCAAAUACGUCUACAGUGCGUGAGAUAGUGCGACUUAGAGAUAUAAAAUUAAGCUAUUAAACAACAAACAUGGGAGAGGCCUUUGCCCUGCAGUGGGCAUAGACAGGCUGAUGAUGAUGAUGAUGACUUACUGUUCCUUUUAGGCUUACUGCGAAUGUCUCUCCAUCCCUGGUAAAAACACGUUGAACUGGGCUAUUGUGCAAUUUUCAGCCGGUAGCAUUUUAUUUUGGUUGGUUUUAGAUCACAUUCUUGUCAGUGUAUGAGUGUAAUCUCAAAUGUCGAGCGAAUUGCAUUUAAAUGUUUGUACUUGGAACUAUGACAAAAAGAAAAGUGUCUCAUAAAGCUGUGUUUGUUGUUUGUUUUGAAGCAAACCUGUGCAGUAACAUAUUGAACUCAGUAAUGCAGUGCGCGACAGCAUCACACCCUAAAUUGAGAUUCAGCACUUUAGACAACCCUAAUAGUGACUUCAGAGCUGUCCGCAUCUAGUGUAGUGCUAACACGUACUGGUUUUUCUUUAUGUUCCUCUAAAAAACACCCAAAGGCUUGCGUAUAGGUUUGCCGAACUGUAGGUGAAAAUGUAACGAUGAAGACGAACGAGUGAAAGAUUUGUAGGCGGAGCAUUUCUCUCUUUCUUUUUUUUUUAACGAUGAAGCCCCAGGGACCAACAGUGCAUGUUGACAAAGUUAACAGUGUAGAAAUUUGGGCCCCAUAUGUAAGCACCGUGCAGUAGUGGAGCUGUAGUCUUUGUUGUGCAGCAGAAACUUGAUGAACCAUACGUACACUGUGUGGUUGCCCUGUAAUACGGAUCGAUAUGCAGUAUAGUGACACGGCUGUGGGUGUGCCGUAUUAGUACAGCACACCCCCGGCAUUAGUACGGAGGAGGUCCGUGCCUCACCACCUCUGCACGUAUUUUAUAUAGCUUACCCCACUGUGGUAGUGCAGGUACAGUUGAGCGGGGUGCGAUGAGUGCAUUGUGUUGGGUUUCUUCUCUCCUGUAGAAUAAUCAAACUCUCAUGCGCCAGUUGCUGGGCAUUGUAGAUUGCCGCUUCGCCGCAUGUGACGAACUGUGUACAAUGUGCUGUGUAUGAUGAAGCUGUACUCACCUUUUUGAAUCUGGGAGCGUUGCUUGUCUCAUUUAUAAGAGGAGGGGUGUGUAAAACGUUAUGGUUUCUUUUUUGUCUUGUUUAUGAACUGUUUUAGCGAUCAAUAAAAAAUAUCGCUCACUUGAA